AUGCCAAAAGGCAAAGCCAAGAGACGCAACCCGCGACCGUAUCACGGCUCUGCAGAGCCGUAUGAGACUCACCAAGGCUCAUCACACAGACGUGGCGGUACACACAAAGUACGCGCUGAGAACAAGACUGACUCCGUCUACGACAACUUGAACUACAAAGAGCUAGUCGAAACAGCCAAAGAGCGCAGUAUCUACCGCAAGGAUAUGAAGAAGGUAGAGAUGGCUUGGGCCUUGAAGCACGACGACGAGAAUCGAAAGCGUGCUGAACAGGACGCCCGUAUUGCACGUCAAAGAAAGAUAGAGGAGGCAAAGAAGGAAGAGGAGAGAAAGGCUGCGGAGAAGAAGGCACAGCUCGUUGCUAAGCAAAAGAAAAGAAGAGAGAAAGAGGAGAGGAGAGAGCGCGACGAAAGCGUCAGUGACGACACUGUGAGUGAUCCCGACUCGGAAGACGACGAAGACGCAGGGAACGAGUACAACCGCGAGAGAUUCGGUGAGGCGCUCAGUGAGGAGUCAUGGGACAGCAGUUCUUCAGAGUCAAGUGCUGCAUCAGUAAACCAGAUCUACGAGCCUGGAUGCAGACUUCGCCUCUUCGAAUGGCCCAACCAAACUAUGCCAUCUGUCAAACCCGGAGCUUGGGAUUACAAAAGAUGGUGUCCGCUGCCCUUGCCCUGUCCUGUUCCUUAUGCACCUCUGAAGAUUACAACGAUGUAUAGCAAGCAAAAGCUCAUAUUGCCAGGAGCGAAAUACCCACCGGGUGUCGAUCCCGACUUCGUACCCAUCCUCAACCCCUUGGUUCGAUCCGCAGCGCGUAACGGUCAUCUUCUUGGCCCGCUCCGCAAAGCCGUUAUCGAAAGAGGUACGGAUUGGGCUCAACGCACACUCAUCCAGGGCUGUAAUGGACACAUGUACUUCCACCUCGGCUCCAGGAACGAAACGAAAAUGCUAGCCGAUACAUACAACAAGUGGUAUCUCGAAAACAGAAAGUUGCUGCGCGUCAAAGGGAAAGGCAAUGGCGAUCCUAGUGAUCGCGCUGCACGCCACGCGCAACGGCAGAGGAAUAAGGCGAAGAUGACGGCGGAGGUGUAUGAGGCGUCGCAGUACAGACCGUUGGCUAUGUGCUAUGUGCCUGCCUACCUGGAGUAUG